UUUCAACACUACUAUAUAACAAAUAAUUUGAGGCAUGGUAUGUUGUGAUGUGACCUGACAGCUUGAAACACAGAGAAGACUUAGCGAUGACAUCGAUUUUAGCACAACAGGAAGACACUGGCUCGAUACUAGUCAAGGUACAGGAUGAGUUACGCCACCUCCGAGAUCAGCUGACUAACUCUGGGGCUGCAGUGGACAUUGAGGCCAUUACAUCAGCAAUAGUGAGGACUGAGAAAGCAGUGCAAGGUAAAGCUGAAGAAUUGUUAUCAGCUCAGCAAAACCAAGUACUUACGCUUCCAACAUUAGCCCAUGUAAGUCAACAUGCAAUGCAGGUUCCCGCAAAGAGAAGUAGCAGUGUCUACUACAAACAGAGAUAUAGUACUAACUUUAGUGUGCACAAAACCCCCGGCCAAGUAGUUAAAGACCAGUUAAUUUCACGAAUGAUAGCAGCUCCAAUGCAUCAACCUUCUAACCAGAUAGCUAGACAGAUCAUACAAGAGCAAUAUGGGGUCAGCAAGCCAAAAGAAAAAUACCCUCUUCCCCCAAUUUCUCCUCCCAAACCAAUGCUAGGUCCCACAAUAAAAGGUUCACCUCCACUUCCCAAAGCAAACCGUCUCAACCCACGUCUAACUCCCCCAGCUAUUACUGAGAGAGAUGCUAAGAAAGGUAUAUUGAGUCUGUGUGAGAGAGGUCUGAUACCUCCUGCAGCUGAGCUCACUCUGGAGCCCUCUCCCAUAAAGCACAAACCAUCUCCUCUGCACCUUCAGAACUGCAAUCCAAUGGGUUUGGAGAAAAUAGCUGAUGCCAGAGAGUUGGAGCACACAAUGGUGGGGGUACAGUUAGAUAUAUCCGUUCAUGAACAGGAUGUACCCAUCGUGUAUCCCAAAUCUCAAGCAAGCAAUGUCACUGGUCCUAGAGUGAUAACUGCUAAUGUUCCCACCAGAGGUAGGUCAGAUGCCUCUACUUUCAAGAUGGGUAAUACCCCUCUCUCCCAAAUGCGUUCACAAAUAAAUUCCCAAAUGUCACCUCAUCCUCCCCCUGUUGGACCACCUCAGACUCCAGCCCUGGCCAUGAGUAAGUCAAGGAAGUUCACUAUUCAAGGUGGAAGAACGGUGUACGAUAACUCAGACUUUGAGGAUUACCGUAAAGAUUACGCUGCCCAUUGGAGCCUGAUUUUACCUUGUCUGCAAGAGCUGGAGCUAGUCUUGUCUCAGUUUGCUAUCCCAGUUGCUGUUGUGGACGGUGAGAAUUUAGUGAGACUCGCUCUGAGCUAUAAAAUGAACAACAGGCCAACUGUUGCCGAACUAAUUGACUGUUGUACCAACCAAGCGUCCAUUCUGAAUCUCAUGGGAAGUCCUGGACAAAUUUACAAAGGACCACAAGGAUACGACCUGGCAGCAGCUAAGAUACAAGCUACGUUUAAAAUGUAUCUUGAUAGGUGCAAGUAUCUGGUGUACCGACAAAGUAAACAAGCAGCUGGUAUUAUUGCUAUGAACUGGAUAAUGGUAAUGAAGAUGACGACCAUCAGAAGUAGACUCAAGACAUCUAGAGCUCUUCAUUUGAUGAAAUACAGGGAGAGGCUGAAGGAGUUGAAAACUAAUUGGCCUAAAAUACAGCAGAAGAAAAGAGUAAUAAUUCACAUCCCCUCGAGGGGAUAUAAUCAGAGUAUACGUGACAGCUUAGUUGACUACCACAACUUACAGAACAGCCAAAUGGGCCGGAUUUGCGAUGUGAACGAUCCGAAUGUUGAAGUUAUCUACAUUUCACCGAUUGAUCUCGACAAUGACAUGCAGCAGUAUUAUCAAAAGCUUCUGGGAAUGGGAGUCACUUCUGAAGCUGAGAACGUUCCAGAAACGGAGGCCAAAGUAAAGUUCAUUGUACCCGAUCAUCUGGAUGCAUUCCCUGGACUCAACUUUUGUCUGUCCACCAUUCUCCUGUACUCUGCACAAACUCUGAAGAGGCUGAAGAGGUUGAUUGCGGGAAAGGAAGCAUACAUUGUGCCGGGCUUGAUGCACCGAGAUGACAUGCAGUUGUCAGAAGUACUCAAUGUUCCUGUAGUCGCCGCAGAACCAGAUGUUACUCAUUUGUACUCGACCAAAUCAGGAGCCAAGAGAAUAUUUGCUAACGCUAACGUUGCUGUACCUCCCUCAGAGUUUGAUAUUUACACUGAAGAGCAGUUGUUUGAGUUGCUUGCUUCACUGAUAGCUGGUAAUCUUGGAGUUACCAGAUGGGUCUUUAAGAUUGACAGUGAGUUUGAUGGCAGAGGGACAGCAUACUGUGAUAUCACAAGUUUUCUCAGUUGCCACAAAUGGGCUCUGAAACAAGCCGAAAGGUACGGCUCAAAAUGGUCUAAAAGAUGGGCCCAAGAACCUACAACUAUCAAGAUUUACUCAGAGCUCCCCGAGAUUAUCUACAACCAUCUGAAGAUAGUGAACUCGACCCUGUUCCCCUCAGUAGACAAGUUCCUGGUAGCGUUCACUAAAUCAGGUGGUGUGAUUGAGGCGUGUCCCCCGGCAGAUGACGUCACGUGCAUCACAGUGGACAUGUUCAUCGCUCCUACCGGCGAGGUGGAGAUCAAGAACACAGGAGACCAGAUCAGAGCCACUGAGUUCCAGACGUGGGCACUGUCCUCCCCUCAAACAUCUAUCAGUCCGGAGAGGGUACACAAUAACAGUAUCUCUGUAGCAAACGCGUGUUACGAGAGAGGCAUCAUUGGGUACAUCUCUGUUGGUUAUGCUACUUUUAUCGAUCCUGCUUCAAAUGAUCAGGCCUUGUGGGCUAUAGAUCUCAAAGUUUCCUACACAGACACGAUGGCAAUGGCAAACGUUUUACAAUACGUCUCCGGAGGUCGCUUUGAACCAUCAACAGGACUCUUUAAAAUCCCAGCCUACAAAGUAAUGCCCAAGAUAUCAUCUCGUUUCAAAUCUCCAAAAGAACGCCAACCACCAAACUACAGGUUCGCAAUCCUAGCUCCACGCCUCUUCCAUACUAACCUCUCCCUGGUUCACUACAGUGUUUUCUUCCAGAUGUGUAGGGCUCACCAUAUUGGGUACGAUAUCCGGGAGAGAGAAGGGUCCAUCUUCACUCUGAUAGACAGCUACAAGCGAGAUCUGAUCGGGAUGGCAGUUGUUGAAUCUGAUCUGGUUACUGCCAUGAAGACGUUCCAUAGGAACCUGUCUGUGGUACAUCAGGAGAUAUCCUCAGCCAACUUGCCAGGCAAGAAUAACUUUAACACGCUGAUUAUGGAGGUUGAUAAGAUCAUGGCCUCCCUGGCUGUAGAGGAGCCUGCUGCUCAGGAAGCGGUGGAGAGUGAGGAGAAGACUGAACUUUAGAGUUGACUGAUGUUACUUUCUUAGUGCUAGUGGUUAUAAAUACUGAGUGCCCUCAGUAAAUUUUUAAUAUAGUGAUAUUUAAUCAUCAAAACUCAAAAUCUGUGGUAUUUGAAGAAAGUUUGGUUUUUAAGGCAUAGCGGUUGCACUGGGUUAUAUUAGAUGGUAAUUUAUUGGUGGUUUUUAAGCUCUGUAUAAAACAUGGCAAUGGUAAGAAAAUAGUUUAAAUAGUUCACAUUUUUGUAAAUAUACAAGUUAUCAUAUCUUUUCUAACAGCAAUUAUUUUUUCACACUCACAGCAUGAUUUUAAAGUUUUAUUUUUGAAUCUUCAGAGGGGAACAUGUUUUGGGUUUAUUGGUUUUGGGAUCAGAUUCAGAUGUAAAUAAACACGUUUUCUAUAAUAAUAAUAAUAUAUUGUAUAAAGUUGUGUAUAAUCUAUGAUAAAUUUUAAAAUUCAGAUUGUAGAUCAUGUGAUUAGUCAUUUAAAUUCUCUUUAGAUUAGAUAUAAAAAGAGUAUGAUAAUGUGAAAUGAUAAUGAUACGAUGAUGUGUAUUGCAAUUAGUUAUCUCUAAUGAA